AUGGAUAAAUUUAAGUUGGUUCAUCAAGAACACCUUCCGUCUUUCAAUCUUCAAGCUAAGAAAUAUAAACACAUCAAAACACAAGCGACAGUUAUUAAGUUGAUUUCAUCUGAUACUAACAUGACCUUUUCAAUAUCUUUUAAAACACCACCAACUGAUGAUAGUGGCACGCCACAUAUCAUUGAACACUCGGUCUUUUGUGGAAGUCAAAAUUACACAACAAAAGAGCCGUUUGCAGAUUUAAAUCGUGGGAGCUAUCAAAACUACCUAAAUGCAUGGACUGCACCAGACACCACAGUCUUCCCCGCGUCUUCCACAAACUUUACAGACUAUAAGAAUUUGAUGAAAGUUUAUUUGGACGCGGUCUUCCUCCCUAAAAUGAAAUAUGAAAUUUUGCCUUUAGCACAAGAGGGCUUUAGGUGGGAGAAGAAUGACAAUGGAAAUUAUUUUGGGAAUGGAGUGGUGUAUAAUGAAGUCAAAGACUCCGAUGUAGACGCAGACGAAAUUAUUCUGCGAAACAUAAGAAAAAUGUUAUAUAACGGGACAUACAAAUUUGACUAUGGAGGAGUCACAAGUCACAUAGAAAAAAUCGAUUAUAAAGACGUUCAAAAAUAUUACUUGGAGCACUAUACCCCAACUAACUCAUUAACUGUUUUAUACUCUCCAGACGAUUUACUAGAAACUGAAUGUGAAAUUCUCGAUUCUUAUUUUUCAUUGUAUGAGAUAAGUGAUGUCUCACAUAUCAAAUUAGAUGACACCUUAAACGUGUUAGUAUCACAAAGUCCGCAUACAACACAACAAAAACCAUUGUGUUUGGAAUAUCCAGUAGAGACCAAAGAAGAUGAGGAGGACAAUGAUGUUUUUUGCGUUGCAUGGCCACUUGGAGAAAUAGACUCCGAAUUAUCAUUUUCUCUGGAAGUAAUACAAAAGAUGAUAGAAGAGACUGAUGGGGUUCUUGAAGAGCGAUUAGAUGCCAAAAACAUCUGUGAUGGGGUGUAUAUAGACUUCGACACAAAUUACAAGAGUCCACUUUUUGCGAUUUUUGGGAGUGGGUGUACUCGCACCAAAUUUAAUUCGUUUAUUUCAGUGUUAUUCGACCAACUUACCAAAUUUGGAGAGUUUGGGUUUGGAGAAGAGAAGGAACUUGCUGCGUUUAAGUUAGUCAAAUUUGAAGAAAAAGAGUGCGAAGAUGAUGACGGCGAUGAGCCCAAAGGCGUCUUAUUUAGUGAAAUGUGCAGUCGACUCUUUUCACAUGACAAAAGUGAUUUACUUGAAGAUUUUAAAGUCGAUGAAAUAGCUGAAAAAGUGCGAGCAAAAAUGGACAACAAGUACUACGCAAAUAUCAUUAAAAAAUUCUUUUUAGAUAACAAAAAUUGUGUUUAUGUGAAGUGCACUGCUAGUCACAAUUUGAUGAGAAAAAUGACUGAAAAUGAAGUGCAGCGACACAAAGAAAUAACUCAGAAAUUUUCAGAAGAAAAAAUUGCAAAUAUUGAGAACAUCUCAAAUGAACUUAAACGAAGGCAAAGUAUUGAAGACACUCCACAACAAAAGGCGAGUAUUCCUGUAUUAAAGUUGAGUGAUAUCAGUCGUAAAGGAUGCGAUUUUUCAAUGACAAAAAUUAGUAAAAGUGAUUUAUAUAACAGUGAUAUUCCAACAUAUUAUAAAAGUAAUUCGACAAACGGAAUUUUAUAUUUUGAACUUCGUUUUGACACGCCAGACUUCACUAAAGAUCAAAUUGUUAUAAUGAAAUUGUUGUCAUAUUCAAUCACUUCGUUUGGGACAAAGAAGCACAAAGUGAGUCAACUCAACACGUUGAUAAACAGCGAUUUUGGUGAUUUGGCAUUUUCAGUGACUACCGUUUCAAACAACCGCCUUGGAAAUAGUUACGAGCAAACUCAGAAGAGUCACGCACAGUUCACAAUCACUGCAAAAUUGUUAUAUGAGAACAUAGAUCAUGCGUUACAGACACUUAAUGAAAUCAUGAAUGAGACAAAUUUCACUCUGAAAAUGCUUGAAAAGAAAGUCGAGGAUUACGUGUCAGACACUGAAGACGCGUGGAAGGCUGAUCCGUCCAGUGUUGUGAGUGGCCGACUUCAGAAAUAUUUGGGGUAUUAUGGAGAACUCGAAGACGCUAUUUAUGGUCUUUCCAACUAUUACAAAGUCCGACAAUUUUCGAAAACUUUUUCUAAAAACGGAAAACUUUUGUUACGAAAAAUGAAAGAACUUUAUAAAACAAUUUUUUCAGAUCAUCGCGCAAAGUUGUACUUUUCGUGUGAUGAAAGUGUAAAAGACGACGUUUUGAACAAAUUUUGUGUGAUUCAGACGUUCUUGGACAAGUCGGAGGUCGGUCCCAAUAUCGAAAUUUCCGAGGAAAAGCAGAUGAACGAGUUUUUCGUGUUUCCCACAAACACCAAUUACGUUGGGAUGUCCUUCAACUUCCUUAAAAAUGGUCAUCCGUUCGACGCAAAUUUGAAAGCGCUUUUUGAAAUCAUCGAAAAGAAAUUUUUGUGGGACAAAGUGCGAGUUGAGGGAGGAGCGUAUGACGGGUCGUUGAGUUAUCAAGCGAAUGGGAAUGUGUGUAUCACUUCAUACAAAGACCCACACAUUUCUAAAACAUUCGAUACUUUCCGUAAAAUUCCACAAUUUUGUGAAACCCUAAAAAUGAGUGAGGAGGAAAUUGAACAGUUCAUUGUCGGCAUUUUGGCAGUGUACGAUGCGCCUACAAAUCCACAAAUUUUCUUUGAAUAUUGCGUGGAAAAGGAAGUUGGGAAUUCUGUUGAAAAUUUCAAUGAAUUGCGAGAACAAUUGUUUAGUGUUACACUUGAGAAAAUGAAAGAAAAAAUACACGUGAUAACAGAGGGGAUACAAAACGCGGUUUGUUGUGUUGCUGGUAACAAAAAUCAAAUUGAAAAGGCCGGUGAAAAGUUUGAACAUGUUGUAAACAUAUUUAAGACAAAAUGA